GCUGGUGCGGGCGAGUUCGGCGGGUGCAGGUCCCGGCCUGCGCCUGCGGAGGGCUCAGGCGGAGGGUCGAAGCGGGCGGCGCUCGCGACAGACUGAGCUCCGCCAUGGUGGGCGUCCCUGGAGCGGCCGCCUUCCAGCUUGGUUGUGAGAAAAGGGUGCCAGCAAUGCCUGGAUCUCCUGUGGAAGUGAAGAUACAGUCAAGAUCCUCACCUCCCAUCAUGCCACCCCUCCCACCAAUAAAUCCUGGAGGACCGAGGCCAGUGUCCUUUACUCCUACAGCAUUAAGCAAUGGCAUCAACCAUUCCCCUCCUACCCUGAAUGGUGCCCCAUCGCCACCACAGAGAUUCAGCAAUGGGCCUGCCUCCUCCACAUCGUCAGCAUUAACAAAUCAACAGCUUCCGGCUACUUGUGGUGCUCGGCAGCUCAGCAAGUUGAAACGCUUCCUCACCACUCUGCAGCAGUUUGGCAAUGACAUCUCACCUGAGAUCGGGGAGAAGGUUCGGACUCUUGUUCUAGCCUUGGUGAACUCAACAGUAACAAUUGAAGAAUUCCAUUGCAAGCUCCAGGAGGCUACAAACUUUCCUCUUCGUCCAUUUGUGAUUCCAUUUCUCAAGGCCAACCUGCCCCUGCUGCAGCGAGAACUGCUGCAUUGUGCCCGGGCUGCCAAGCAGACCCCGUCCCAGUACCUGGCCCAGCAUGAGCACCUUCUGCUCAACACCAGUAUCGCAUCUCCUGCUGACUCUUCUGAACUGCUCAUGGAGGUUCAUGGAAAUGGAAAGAGACCCAGUCCGGAAAGGAGGGAUGAGAAUAAUUUUGAAAGAGAUACAGUUCCUCCUGAACCGCCUGCCAAGAGAGUGUGUACUAUCAGCCCUGCUCCUCGGCACAGUCCCGCCCUCACUGUUCCCCUUAUGAAUCCUGGGGGCCAGUUCCAUCCUACUCCACCACCUCUUCAGCAUUAUACACUAGAAGACAUUGCAACUUCUCACCUGUAUCGGGAACCAAACAAGAUGCUAGAACACCGAGAAGUUCGUGAGAGGCACCACAAUCUUAGUCUCAAUGGAGGCUAUCAAGAUGAGUUGGUAGACCACCGUUUGACAGAAAGGGAGUGGGCUGAUGAAUGGAAACACCUUGACCAUGCACUGAAUUGCAUUAUGGAAAUGGUAGAGAAAACGAGGCGCUCCAUGGCAGUUCUGAGGCGCUGUCAGGAAUCUGACCGUGAAGAACUCAACUAUUGGAAACGGCGGUUUAAUGAAAAUACAGAGUUGAGGAAAACUGGGACUGAGUUGGUCUCUAGGCAGCACAGCCCUGGGAGUACAGAUUCUCUCAGCAACGAUUCUCAGCGGGAGUUCACCAGUAGACCAGCAACAGGAUAUGUGCCUGUGGAGUUUUGGAAGAAAACAGAAGAAGCCGUGAAUAAGGUGAAAAUUCAGGCCAUGUCAGAGGUACAGAAGGCUGUAGCUGAGGCAGAGCAAAAAGCCUUUGAAGUGAUUGCAACGGAGAGAGCUCGAAUGGAACAGACCAUAGCGGAUGUCAAACGGCAGGCUGCAGAAGAUGCUUUCCUGGUCAUCAAUGAGCAAGAAGAGUCCACAGAGAACUGCUGGAACUGUGGCCGAAAAGCCAGUGAGACAUGCAGUGGCUGCAAUAUUGCUCGCUACUGCGGCUCCUUCUGCCAGCAUAAGGACUGGGAACGGCACCACCGCCUCUGUGGCCAGAGUCUACAUGGUCACAGUCCCCACAGCCAGAGCAGGCCACUGCUCCCUGGAGGGCGGGGCUCAGCCAGGUCUGCUGACUGCAGUGUGCCCAGCCCAGCCCUGGACAAGACCUCAGCUACCACCUCACGGUCCUCAACACCUGCCUCUGUGACAGCCAUUGAUGCCAACGGGCUCUAAGCUACAGACUCCACCUGCCCUGAUGACCCCUCCACAUGGCAGAAUGCUUGCACCAGUGGGCUGGCUAUUAGAACAAGUAGCUGUUGGGUCGUCAGCAAUAAGUGAAGUUGGCAGAAGCAUCCAAGAGGCACUCCACAGCUUCUCUGGAAUUUGCCACGUGUCCUUGGAAGAACUAAUGUAUCGUUCUCUGCACACAGGAAGUAGCUUGAGCUGCCUCCUCUAUGGCUUUCCUGAGGUUCCUCUUCCAGCUAAAGCUGGCAUAACCAGCCCCUUCUCAGUGUAUACACCAGCUCUCUCCGACUCCUUGCAUUAGCAUAUUGUCAGUAGUGUCCCACACUGUCCACGGUAGAGGCCUGAAGACUGGUAGCAGGCUUAGGAGGAGGCCCUUCCUUCCCCUGCCUUCAAACAGUUCCUUGAGCCCCAUAUCCACCUUCGAGUGACACUGAUUGGCCUAAAAGAGACUUGGAUAGCACAAAAGCAGUACUCAGGACUCUUUCCUGAGCCACUCAGAGCUGUUAAGAUGCUCAGAAAUGCAAGAAAGAAGUCACUGUUUCAGUAAAAUCUCUAGUAAUGAUAAAAAAUUAAAUUAGUCUUCCCAAGCAUCAUGGAUCAUUUUGGACAAGAUUUUCUAACUUGGCUGUCUUCGUUAGUUUGGAACCUGCCCCUUAACUCCAGUGUUUUUCUUGAUUUUGCUUGUGCAAAAAAUAAUCUCCAUUGCAUGGAUCGGUCUGAGAGAGGAUGAAGCCAUUGUGCUAGUCUUUUUCUCUGAGCAUGUUGGCCAAACUAAAAUAUUCCGUGGAUCACCUUGGAAAUGCAGAGCCUCUGCCACUGCUUGACUGUUUAAAACAGUCGCCUUGUUGUAUGUGUCCUUCUCUCUCUGGGACUGUGCAUGUCUGGAUCCUUGGGGAUGUCUUGUGAGUAGGUUCUGUUUGGCACCUAAGCAGUGCUCCUAACCCUGAUGAGAUUAUUCACACCUAGUUUUGACACCACCUCAUAGGUUCAUUAUCAGGUGGACAUUUGAGGCAUCCUUUUUCUGUGCUACCUGUUUGAUAGUCUCCCUCACAGCUCAGAGUUUGUGAAGAAUGGGAACCGUUUUUGAAGAGCCUGACCUAUUUUUCUUCCCAUCUUCAGGAACUUUUCCAGUUAUCUGAUUCUCCAAAUAGAAUUUGGAGACAUUGAUCUGGUCAUUAUUGGACCUAUUGAUCAGGCCAAGUACUGCUCACAUCUUUUCCUUGCCAUCUAAAGUUUGUUAGUUGUCAGCACCUUGCAUCGGCCACUCAGUAUACUCCAGAAUUGUUUUGCCCUGUGCAGUCAAUUGGGAUAAGUCAUUGCCUUUGAUCCUGUUGGCUUUUGGAAGCUGUGGUCACUUUGUGUACAAUGAACAAGUCUGAAUACUAACGCUUGCCCCAUAAAAGUAUGGAUGUAUUGUCCUUGCACACAGUUAAGGCUGAUUUAAAAAUACUGAGUUCCUAUCUCAUUGGAACAAGGGUUCUCAGACUUAGAAACAUAGACCUUUAAAAUCAUGUUAUUUUAGCAUAGAAUACCCAAGACCCACUGCUUGCCAGACAGCUUAGUACAGCCUGGCCUCCCUGGUCACAUCUCAUCAGUCUAGUGGGGACAACUUUGACUUACUAGAUAGAGUUAAUACCAGACAGCACCAUACUCAGACACAAAACUGUGGGCAGAUCAGGAGCUUCUGUGAACAAGAGAAUGUCUCCUGGUGUGCCCUGGUCAGUUACUCAGUAGUAAAGUGGAUGAACACCCUUUAAGUGUUAAUUUUUUUUUGCCACAGGACUACUCCAGAUAGUUGGAAGAGCUAGAACCAAUACAUUACUACUUACCCGGUUGGAGAUCAGUUUGUACAGCAAAGGUUUGGGUUACAAAAUCUAGCCUACCUUUGUGGGCUGUGUGGCCUGUCCGAUUCUGAGUUUCUAUAGUGCUGUUGGGGACUGCUUUGCUUCUGUGUCCUACCCAGGUUUGUCUACACACUCGGACAGUACUUUACACUAUAUAGUUCAGUCUCAGACUUGUCUCUAUCUUGCCUCUGGUCAGCAUCACUCUCGGGGUUUUGUGUUUGGUUUGGUUUUUUGAGACAGGGUUUCUCUGUGUAGCCCUGGCUGUCCUGGAACUCUGUAGACUGGACUGGCCUUGAACUCAGAAAUCCACCUGCCUCUGCCUCCCAAGUGCUGAGAUUAAAGGCAUGCACUACCAUGGCCCGGCUUCAACAUCACUCUUACAUGACAUCUGUUUAGGAAUUUUCAGAUUUAAGGAGUUCCUUUCUGCAGUUCUCCAACUCCUCCCUAGGCAGGAGCAGCAGCAACAUCUGGGGUAGGAGCUGGAGCUACAAGUGAUUCCUGGCUCACAGCUUUGUUUCUAAGUCUGCUUAUAUGACCCACCAGGCUGGGAGUGAACAUAGAGCUUCAGGCUGCUCACAAGUCUGGCCUCUGCAGUAACUAUUUGAGGAAGAAAAAUAGUCAGGGCUUGGUCAUUCUGUACCGAGUGAGGGAUAAAAUUGCAGGAAGUAAAUAACAAAAGUAGCCAAACUGGGAGCUAUGCACCAGUCCUCACUCCAGCAAAUGGUGAAGACUUGUCGAAGCUAGCUUGGGACAUGGCUUAUUUGGUAGCAUGGACUUAAUUCCCAGUGUGGUAUACACCAACCAUGGUGGUACAUACCUGUAAUCCUCUAACACUUAGGAGGUAGAAGCAGGAGAACCAGAAGUUUAAGAUUAUCCAUCGCUGCAUAGCAAGCCUGAGUUACAUGAGACCUAUCCCACAGAAAGACUCAUUGAAGGGUUGGUCCCUGCAGCUUCAGAGUGGCUCAUGCAGGGAGGUGGAGGUGAGGGCACAGGCUGUGAGUGGCUUUCUCCUAAGGUGCUAAGUUAUGUGCAGCCAUGCGUCUCCAUGGAAUAACCUGUCUGGCCCCCCGAGGUCUAUCCAGGCAUUGGCUGUCAGUCUUCUGUAAUGUGGACUCCUUUACCCAUUUGAUCCCCAGGAAGUGCUUCGAAUCUUGAUGUCAACUUUACCGUCUUUAGCUUCCAAAGCGGAAGUGUACAUUUCUUGUCACCUUCUCAGAGAGAGUGAAGACAUUUUUUUCUGAGUGGUUCUGAAACUAUCUCAGCAGGUGUGUGAGGCCUCAACACAACUGCAAGUAUGUGUUAGUGCUUCUCCCUAGAGCAUAAGGAGUGAGCAGAUGGCCUUCAUUCUGAAAACUGCAGACAGGAUUGUGGGUUGAAUAAACCUUUACAAAUAGGACACAUCUUGGAGGCUUACUUCAGAACUGGACUGGAACCAAGGUUUCCAGGCUCCUGGCUCAGGAGCCUAAGCCAGUAUACUUUGAUGAAUGUUAGCUAUUUGCAGAGAACUGGGUGGUGGCAUGUUUGAACCAAAUGUGAGAAAAGCCAGAAGGAACUGAACUGGCCAUUGUGGACCAGAUGGCCAGCUGUGGAAGAUCCUUGAUCCAGCAGCUGCUUAGCAGACCCUGGCCACUCAAGUAUAUUCCUUUAAAGCCAAAAUGCUGACUACCUGCUUCUGCCUCAUUUGACACCCAUUUCCAAAGAUGAUGGAGCCAGUGUGAGCCAGGAGGAAGCUGAGAUGGUGGCUGAUAAUUCACUCUACCAUCUUUCCUUCCACAGCCCAAGAGGUGGCACUUCCUGCUCAGACCCCGUCUUAUCAGGCCUCCAGCUGCCCAGUGUAAACUGUCAAUGCUUAUACCAAAAAGGGCAUGUGCAGCUGGUGUCUGCCAGGGACAGCCCAGUCCCUGCCUCGUGGUUCCCAGGAAGAAGCUGCAACAAUUCAGUGAAUGGUUAAAGGGCUGUUUGAUAAUAAGGCCUUCGUUCCACUCCUGUGGCUUUCCAAGUUCCUAAUGAGGCUACAAAGGCUCCAUCCAUACAGAAAACCAAUAAUGUAAAUAAAAGCCAAUCAUGCAAGCAUGGUUUGCAGAGGCGGGUGAUGAAUGUGAAGCCACCCGCAGGAUGCAUUUGAGUCUGGUUUUUCUGUGCUUUGUCAUUUGACUCAGUAGGAACUUUUGUUACUUAACUCUGUGCAUAACUUAUUUAAUGUACUGUAUAAAUGAACCAAAACUGUUAAAUAUGUAUUUAGUUUGUUCUACUUAAAGUAGUUAAUAAAAAUGCUAUAUUCCUUUUCUGACUCAAGCUGGACCAGGCCUGGGGAAGGUAGCACAGUGGUGGAGUGCAAAUGCCAGAUGACUAGCUGCAGCCUCUGGUAUUGUCGCGCUCCACACGUGGACACUCACUCUUCCCUCCCCCACCCCCAGGUCUUUGGUGAAGGGACAGUGGGGCUCUAAGCAUCCUUGCUAUGACCAAAAGAUGAUGGCAUGAGGGGUAGGGACAGGAAGGGCUGGAAUGCUUGCCGUAGAACCCCACCAUGAUGCUAGUUGCAGCCAUCUUCUUUGUCAAGGUGACCAUGCUGUGGCAGCAGUAAGUGACAGCAGUAACAGAGAUAUCCUUGGUUUCUCGCACUCCUCUCCACUGAGUGAUCUUUUAGUAAUAACAUUCAGCCACAGAAUGGACAUGAAUAUUUUUCCCAAGUAAUUGUUAUUUCCUUACAACAUUUCAACAUUAACAUACUUUAGCUUGUGGGACUUUUAUGUCCUUUCUGUACUGGCAUUAAAUCUUAAUUUCACUGAUGCUUAAGGUUGUGUGACUUGAGGCAAUGCUUUUCUUCCAGGCUUCAUUCAGCUUCAUUUUCUAGUAUCAAGUGCCCUCUGGAGGACAAAACGGGGCCUGCUGCUUCUGCUUCCCUCUGAGCGCUAAUUCCUAUCCAGGGCAAUCCUUGGGCAGCUUUAUGUUUUCUGAGACCACCUCUAUCCCUUGAGGUCAAUGAUGUUUUCUGGGUACAUUUAGGAAAUUCCAGAACAGCUCGGGAUUCUGCGUUUUUCUGGUGCUUAACUCUACCUUGUUUUGAUACCCCUGGAUCCCAAGUCUUGGCUUUGGCACAUUGUGGGACUAAGUAGAACCUUUCAUCAAUGUCCCUACUUUAGCUAAGAUGCUGCCACCCAAGGAUGCCCACUUCAAUGCCUUCCAUACUUGACAGCACCAGAGAACUAUGCAUACCUGUCCCCUGUAAUGUGGGGGUGCUAUCAGUACCCAUCCCUGGGUUGUGAGGGUGAAAUAUGAUCAGAAGAGCCAAGUGGUAUAUGUGAGGAUUAACUGUCGAGUCAAUGAUAACCAAGCUGCAAUCCAAAGAACCACAGAAGUUAAAUAUACAAUAAGGGAAAGGCUCGGGGACAGAUAUCCUUGGGAAGGGGAAAUAGGAUAGAUAUGAAUGGAUUGGGUGAAGGCUGAAACAGAAGCAUCACGUGGAGAGGGGAGAAGAGCUAGAAUGAAGAGCCAUUUGAAGAGUU